AUGGCGUUCCCUGAGCCUAAAUACAGGGGUGUAUUAAGAAGACACUUGUUGCAUCAAUUGUGUUUUCAAGCAGGUGCUGGCAUCACUGAGGUUGUCGCCGAGGUUUCCACUAGAGAAGGGAAAUAUGCCAACUUACCGUGUGGUCUGGAUUCCCCUGUGAACCUGAAAGAUGAGGUGUUUGACUGGAAGAAGGAGCAGCAGGAGGUGUUCUUCUAUGAAAAGGGAAAGGAUUACAACAACCAAGGCCGGGAGGGACAAGACCCCCAGUUCGUGGGCAGGGUUCGCCUUCUUCCAGGGGGGCUGCAGGCCAGUAAAGCCUCUAUGAUCUUGUCCAGUGUGACCCAGGCAGACAGUGGCGAGCAUAAGUGCAUCAUCCUACUUCCUACGAGACAGACGGAUCCGGCUGACUGUAGAGCGUGUCCCCGAUCACGCUCCCCCAAAAAUCUGAAAGGCGGCGGUGGAGCCUCAGUUGAGGCCGGAGGUCGAAGAGGCUUCCCCGUCCUCCGGCUGGGUGCGGCUGUCCUGCCUCUCCAGCGGAGGCCAGCCGCAACCCAGCGGUCUGGAGUGGCAGACCCCCAACGGAACUGUGAUCCCUGCAGAAGAAGCACCGACGGCCGCCUCCUCAGACAGCGACGGCCGCUACUCCAUCAGUCAGACGGUGGAGGUGACCGAGCCAGCCGGAUCCAGGUCCCCCUUCAGCCCAGACCGACCCACUUCAGCGAGGAGCAGCUCUGA